AUGGAAUCUACAAGAAGUAGUGCUGUCGUAGACGAGCUCAAACGCCAAUUCGGUGUCCAUGGAAUUCCAGCCGAGGUCAUUUCUGAUAAUGGGCCCCAAUACAGUAGUCGCGAGUUCCAAGAAUUUGCAAAAGAGUAUGGUUUUAAACAUACCACCAGCUCACCGCACUUUCCAAGAGCAAAUGGAGAAGCAGAAAGAGCCAUCAUAACUAUUAAGAAUUUGUGGCGAAAAAAUAAUGAUAAGUACUUAGCCCUACUUCACUAUCGGACAACGCCGUUACCUAACAUUGAACUGUCUCCUGCUCAACUACUUAUGGGACGUCGACUGCGAAACGACUUGCCUGUGAUGGAAGGUUUACUUCAACCUGCUAACACCAGCCCACAACGUAUUUCCGAAUAUUUAAUGAAGACUAAAGAAGACCAGAAAAAGUACUACAACAAGCAUGCAAGUAAGGAGCUGAAAGAACUACAGCCUGGAGCUAAAGUCCGGUUAGAACCGUGGACGUAUUCCAGAGAAUGGAAACCAGCGACGGUACUGGGGCAUCACCAUACGCCAAGAUCAUAUAUAGUGCAAACGGAUGAUGGAAGAAAGUAUCGCCGCAAUCGACAGCAUUUGCGAGUUGGACCAGCCCUUGGAUCUGACAGUAACGACCAAACUAUAGCUCCGGCAGUUGACAAAGAAAUGUCAUCUCCCGAGAAUGCAGUUUCACCGUCCGUUGGUUCUGACCAAUCCACUGCCUCAUCGACCGUGAAUCCAGAUCCCUUACCCUUACCAGAAAUAUCCCCACCACCUGGACCACCUGUCAAGACCACCAGCCCGUACGUUACAAGAAGUGGUCGAUUAGUGGUGAAACCCAAACGAUUUGGGUGGUAA